CUCUCUUCCUCCUGCCGGUCGUCGUCGCAGGGUCCCCAUCGAUGCUUCCAUGUCGUUUCCUUGCUUCGCCAUUUCUCCCCAGCAGCGGAGAUGGCAUUGAAUCCCUUUUCUUUUCUCUUGUUUAUUGCAUCUCCCCUACUAAUCAGCCUUUCCUCCCAAUUACGGAAUUAACCACGUAAGCGAGAUUUUUAACCGUUCCACAUUCGAGAGAGAGAGAGGGAUGCCCUUUUCGGUUUUGUGUUUUUCGGGUAUUUGACGAAUAUGUUGGACUCCUAAUCGCAUUGACCAACCAUAGAGAUCUUCCUGCAUCCCUUCGUUGAUCCCUCGUUCGUUAAAUGAGGCUUGCGUUGGACCACCAUGAAAUCAAGGGAAGGGAGGGUUGCAGGUGGAAGCAAGAGCUGGUCGCGUUUGAUUUAUUUGCACCAAGAUCCGGAGCUAAGACCAGUCGAAUUCUCUACUCGUUUCUCCUCCUUCCCCCUCUCUUUCCUUCAGCUGAGAAAAGUCAGAGGGAAGGGGCAAUUGCUUGGUCAACAUAUCCCCAUGAAGCGUCGUCCUUCAUCAUUCUUGCCCUUCACAGUACUAUUUCUAAUCCUGCAGUGGAUGGUUUCUCUAAUUUCUGAUGUCGGUAUCUCGUAUCCGCCUUACAUGCAGGAAAUGGCAGUUUUUCUUCUGAAUUUUUGAGGAAGAGAAAAGCCAAAGCAAAUUAACAAAAUCUCUGUCCCUCUCUCUCUCAUUGUGGGGAUUCAUUAAUUCUUUUGAAGAAUCGAGUCGGUGGUGAUUCCAGUAUAACCGAAGUUAUUGUAGCUUGGCAGCAGAGAAAGGACACCGUUGUAGCAUUUUGAGUGGUUGGGAGUUGUAAAUUUGUUAGCAGAUGGGUGGGAGGGAAAAGAGGAGAAAAUUGCGAUUAAGCAAGAUCUACACCUAUGCCUGUGGCAGACCGCCUUCAGGUAGCGACCACCAUGAGGAGGUGGGAGGGCCAGGCUUCUCUAGAGUGGUGUUCUGCAAUGAGCCUAACAGCGCAGAGGCUGCUCUCAAGAAUUAUGCCACCAAUUACGUGUCCACCACCAAGUAUACGAUCGCCACAUUCAUACCAAAGUCCUUGUUUGAGCAAUUCAGGAGGGUAGCAAAUCUUUACUUUCUUCUUGCUGCUUCUCUUGGUUUUACUCGACUGUCUCCCUACUCGGGUGUGAGCUCUAUGGUGCCUUUGUCCUUUGUCAUUCUAGUCAGCAUGAUUAAGGAAGCCGUGGAAGAUUGGAAGAGGUUCAAGCAGGAUCUUGAGGUCAAUAACCGGAAGGUAAAAGUGCGCCUUGGAGAUGGAAGUUUUGACUAUACUGAAUGGAAGCAGUUGAAGGUUGGAGAUGUUGUCAAAGUUGAGAAGGAUGGUUUCUUUCCUGCUGACCUCCUAUUGAUUUCCUCCAGUUAUGAUGAUGCAAUAUGCUAUGUGGAGACAAUGAAUCUUGAUGGAGAGACGAAUUUGAAAUUGAAGCAAGCACUAGGGGUUACUUCUGGCUUAAGUGAAGAAUCUGACUUCCGGCAGUUCAAGGCAAUGGUUAAAUGUGAAGACCCAAACGCAAAUCUGUAUUCCUUUGUAGGAAGCAUGAAGUAUGGAGUUGAGCAGUACCCUCUUUCUCCUCAGCAAGUUCUUCUCAGGGACUCAAAGCUCCGCAACACCGAGUAUAUCUAUGGUGUAGUUAUCUUCACUGGACAUGACACUAAAGUUAUACAGAAUUCUACUGAACCACCCUCCAAGAGGAGUAAGAUUGAAAAGAAAAUGGAUAAAAUUAUUUAUUUUUUAUUUUCCCUGCUUGUUGUGAUCUCUGCAUGUGGAUCUGUCUUCUUUGGAAUCUGGACCAAACAGGAUAUUAAGAAUGGCAGAAUGAAGAGAUGGUACCUCCGGCCUGAUGAUGCCACCAUACUCUUUGAUCCUAAAAAAGCAGGUCUAGCAGCCUUGUUCCAUUUUCUUACAGCCUUGAUGUUGUACAACUACUUCAUUCCCAUAUCUCUCUAUGUUUCCAUAGAAAUUGUUAAAAUUCUCCAAUGUGUUUUCAUCAAUCGAGACCAGAAAAUGUACUAUGAGGAGUAUGACAGGCCGGCACAUGCUCGAACAUCAAAUUUGAAUGAAGAGCUUGGUCAAGUUGACACUGUAUUGUCAGAUAAGACAGGUACUCUGACGUGUAACUCGAUGGAGUUCUUAAAGUGUUCUGUGGCUGGUGUUGCUUAUGGCCAUGGCAUAACAGAGGUUGAAAGGGCUAUGGCAAAGAAAAAAGGGUCACCCAUUGCACAUGAAAUAUCAUCAUCAGAAACAGAUGAUGAAAGUGUUUUGAAGCCAUCAGUUAAAGGCUUCAAUUUCAUGGAUGAUCGCAUCAUGAAUGGCAACUGGAUCCAUGAACCACACUCAGAUGUCAUUCAGAAGUUUUUUCGUGUAUUGGCCAUCUGUCAAACUGCUAUUCCUGAAGCGAAUGAAGAAUCCGGCAAGGUUACUUAUGAAGCUGAAUCACCAGAUGAGGCAGCUUUUGUGAUUGCAGCAAGAGAGGUGGGCUUCAAAUUUUUCAAGAGGACACAGACAAGCAUCUCAUUGCAUGAGUUGGAUCCCAUAUCUGGAGAGAAAGGUGAAAGGUCCUAUGAGCUGCUGCAUGUUAUAGAGUUCAACAGCUCUCGCAAGAGGAUGUCCGUGAUUGUUAAAAAUGAGGAAAAUCAGAUACUUCUUCUCUCUAAAGGUGCUGACAGUGUCAUGUUUGAAAGGCUCUCUGAGAAAGGCAGGAAGUUUGAGGAGGAAACAAGGGAACACAUCAAUGAAUACGCUGAUGCUGGCUUGAGAACUCUGGUGCUCGCAUAUCGCCAACUGGAUGAAGUAGAAUAUAAGAAUUUUAGUGAGGAACUUCUUCAAGCUAAGAAUUUAGUAAGUGCAGAUCGAGAUGAAAAGGUUGAUGAGGUGGCUGAUAAAAUGGAGAGGGACUUGAUUCUUCUUGGUGCAACUGCUGUUGAAGAUAAACUGCAGAAUGGGGUUCCUGAAUGCAUUGACAAGUUAGCACAGGCAGGAAUAAAGUUAUGGGUUCUCACUGGAGAUAAGAUGGAAACUGCAAUCAAUAUUGGUUUUGCAUGCAGCCUGCUCAGGCAAGGAAUGGAACAGAUAAUCAUCACCUUGGAUACACCGGAAAUCAAAUGGUUGGAGAAACAGGGAGACAAAGAUGAAAUUGCAAAGGCAUCCAAGGCAAGCAUAGUCGAACAGAUAAAUGAAGGAAAAUCUCAGUUGGUUUCAUCUAUGGGAAGCACAGAAGUGUUUGCAUUAAUAAUUGAUGGGAAAGCCUUGGCCUUUGCCCUUGAAGGGGAUGUCAAAAGCAAAUUCUUGGAACUGGCAAUAGGCUGUGCAUCAGUUAUUUGCUGCCGUUCAUCCCCCAAACAAAAAGCUCUGGUGACAAGGCUGGUGAAGGAAGGAACUGGAAAGACAACAUUGGCCAUAGGUGAUGGUGCUAAUGACGUGGGUAUGCUCCAAGAAGCCGACAUUGGAGUUGGAAUUAGUGGCGUUGAAGGAAUGCAGGCAGUCAUGUCCAGUGAUGUAGCUAUUGCUCAGUUCUGUUUCCUAGAGCGUUUGCUGCUGGUCCAUGGACAUUGGUGCUACAGAAGAAUCUCUUCGAUGAUAUGCUACUUCUUUUACAAGAACAUGGUAUUCGGCUUCACUCUUUUCCUGUAUGAGAUUUUGGCAUCAUUCUCGGGUCAAGCUGCCUACAAUGAUUGGUUUAUGUCAACGUACAAUGUUUUCUUCACUUCACUUCCUGUGGCUGCCCUGGGUAUUUUUGACCAAGACGUUUCAGCGAGGUUAUGUCUCCAGUUUCCCUUAUUAUACCAAGAAGGUGUCCAGAACGUGCUGUUCAGUUGGCGACGGAUAUUCAGCUGGAUGCUUAAUGGUGUUUACAGUGCUGCUGUUGUUUUCUUCUUCACGACAAGGACAUUGCAAAUUCAGGCUUUCCGUAGAGGUGGUGAACUUGCAAGCAGAGAUGUCCUUGGCACGACGAUGUACACAUGUAUCGUGUGGAUUGUGAACUGUCAAAUGGCACUUGCAGUUAGCUACUUCACAUGGAUACAUCAUCUAUUUGUAUGGGGCAGUAUCGCAGUCUGGUAUCUUUUCCUUCUAAUCUAUGGUUCGUUAACGCCAACGUUUUCUACUACUGCAUACAAAAUCUUCAUCGAGGCUUGUGGUCCUUCUCCUUCUUACUGGGUCAUUACCUUCUUCGUGGCUGUCUGUGCUCUCAUCCCGUAUGUUGUAUAUUCAACAAUCCAAAUGAAGUUCUUCCCAAUGUACCAUGAACUGAUUCAGGGGAUAAGAUUGUAUGGGAAGGACGACCCUGAAUAUGGCAAGAUGUUGAAAAUGAGGUAUUCUCGGCGAAGCACGGUCGGCUUUAGUGCUCGUCGAGAAGCUAAGUUCUAUGGGACAAAGAAGCCUCGUAAUAAGAAAAGAGAAGAGAGUAGACCGAGUGAAGAGAGUCCUAUAAAUGCAUGACAGAUCAGAUUUUGUUGUAUUCUUAGUAACAGAUUUUUCACAGGCACUAGUUACAGGAAUGUGCUGUCCUUCAAAUUUGUACAUAAUCCAUCCUGCCUUUCUUGAAGUUAUGGAUUUGAAUGUUAGUGUCAGAUGCUGUACAUUAAUGAUCUUUAAUUCCUUUCAUUUUUUGAGGCCCUUUUGUUGGGUCCCACCUCUGUAUCAACCUGGGUAACAGAAGUUCCAUCUGCUCAUUGUAUUUAGUUUUUCCUUAUACGAAAUAAUAUGAAUGUGUGUUUUUUUUUCCCCA